GAAUGAACGGAUUAUUACGGUGGAAAUUCUGAUCUUCAUAAAUGUAAAUCAUUUCGGUGUUUGUUUUUGUUAUUCUAAUUAUUAUUAUUAUUAUUAUAUUAUACCCUUGAAAUAAAAAAAACGAUACGUAUGACGUAAUCACUGUGUUUUUUUUGUUUUUUUCCCGUAGUUACUAUGAUCAUAAAUAAAUUGUUUUUCAAAAAAAAAAACAACCUAAAAACAAGAAUUAUCAACGUUUCUUUUUUUUCCUCUUUUUCUUUUGCUCUUUUUUCUUCUUUUUUUCUGUUGUUAUUACAUUUACAUCUAAAUAAGAAUGAAAUUCUAUAGAAAAUCGUUAUGAAUGCAUCAAUUAAACGUGAACAUUUAAAACCAUUAUCACCAUCUGGAUCAUCAUCAAUUCGCACAGCAACUAUUAAUAAUCAUAAUCCUAAUCAUUAUAAUAUUGCUACACGUUUAAAAAGUCGUUUAUGUUCAAAUUCAUGUUUAAAAAUUGUUUAUUUAUCAUGUGCUACAUUAAUAUCAGCUAGUUUUAUUAUUGAAUGUAUAUUAUUACAUUUAAUUAUUGUACCAUAUUUAUCUGAAUCAAUAUUUGAAGAAGGUAUGUGUAAAUAUAGUAGUUCACGUAGGGAUGAUACAAAUAAACGUUGUGAAAAUAAAUGUUCUAAAGAACGUUCUACAUUUCCAUGUUUACAAUUAAAAGUAAUAUUUACACCAAUACAUAUUAUACCAUAUAAAAAAUCCAAUCAGGAAUUAAUCAAUAAACAUAUAAAUUACAAAAAUCGUAAUAAUAAUAAUAAUAAUAAUAAUAUGGAUCAUAUAGAUAAUUCAUUUAGAUCUAUGAUGGAUUAUACUAAUACUAUAAAUGAUCCUAAUCUUAUACAUUCUGAUACAUCUAAUUAUACUAUAUAUUAUGAUUUUGAAUCAUCAGAAUCACGUAUAGUUUAUUUAUAUGAUUAUUUUAGUACAUUUACAGCAUAUAAAACAAGUCGAUGCGCAACAAGUCCAUGUCAUCGACGUGAAGAAGAUAAUAAACUAGCUGUGGAAGAAUUCAAACGUGAUUUAAGUCGACGUAAUAUAUUUCGAUGUUACGCUACACCAACACCAUCCCAUACAACAUUAAUUACAACAACAACACUAACAAAUAAUCCACAAUUUUCGAAUAAUAUUUUAACUAAUGAUCAACAAUCUUUCACUAAUACCAUUUCGUCCUCAUCAUCAUUAUCUGUUCCUUCGAUUUCUCAAUCUUCUACAACAUUGAAUCAUUCUCUGCUAAUGUCAAUGAAUAAUAAAUCACCACCUAAUAGAUAUCAUCUACCUCUUAUUCAACAAUUAGAUUCUAAUCAUGCUGCAGCUAUACUACAUCGUUUAUAUACAUCAUCAAUGUUUAUGCAUGGUCUUCUAUGGCCUGGUGGUAUAUUUCUAACUGCUUUAAUCAUUUUAUUAUUUACAUAUUUUACUGAUUCAUGUGAAGCAUGGGCUGGAGAUAAAACUGUUAUUGCUUAAACAGGAAAAAUUUAUUAUUUAUUUCCUUUAAUGGAUUAAUUUCAAAGUGAAACAAUAAUACAUAGUGAUUCAUCUUAAAACUUUUCUAAUUUCAAUGAUUAUCAUUAUUUAAUUGAUUUGCUAUGGAUCAUCAUAUUCUAUUUAGAUUCACUUUUGUUUUUGGCUAUUCAAAUAUUGAUAUGUAUGUGUGUAGAUACGUGUGUGUGUGUGUAAUUUAGAUUGUGUAUUUAUAUGUUUGUUGUAUGCAUAACGUGCAGGUUUGUGUGUGCGUGUGCGUGUGCAUGUGCGUGUGCGUACGUGUGUGCACCUGGAAACAUGAAGUAAUAAAUAGAAUCUAUAAGGGAAUUUGUUCAUUGUUUAUUCUUUCAUUUUAUUGAUGUUAAUCCAAUCCUCAGUAAUGUAUAAUUAAUAAAUUCCUUGAAAUUUAUAUUAUUAAUUCAUGAAAUUAUACAUGUAUUC